AGCCAGUCGGCUCUGCGGCGGCGGGGACUGGGCAGGCAGUCAGUCUCUUAGCCAGCCAGCCAGCCAGCCUGCUCGCCUGCCUGUGCGCUCCGGGUCGGCGUAAAUGCGCUGGAGCUGCUGCAGCCGCCGCCGUUUGUGACACCCAGUAAGUAGAGACGCAGCGAGAGAAUUCCCAGCGCACGUAAGUAGCUAUUAAUACAUGGUGGGGAGAUGAUGCCUUGCUGAAAGGGAUUGGCUCGGCCAUCCCUUUCCCUCCCUACCUCCUCCUCCUACCUCCAGGAAUUAAGAGAGACCGACGCCUGAAAUAACUGAGUAUAUAUACAUAUAUAUAUAUUCUACACACACACAUAUUCUACGUGCAUCUUUAAAGUGGCAGCAUCUCCUCCGCAUCUCAGGACUCUCCAAAGGAGGGACAAAGAGGAAACCGGCGAAAGGAGGUCUCCUCUCUUGCACAGCUACUAUUGUUAAGUAUUCGCCUUUCAUGCUGCUGCUGCUUUUGCAUCAUCACCAUCAUCAUCAUCAUCAUCAUCGCCGCUGCAGGCGCGUCGCGCUCCAGGAUUUGCUGAAAAGCGAAGGGAUUUUCUCCCCCCACUCUUGUUGGAGAUAAAUAAGCAAAUCAGCCCCACGCGAAAUGGAAGAGCAUUGAUCCGCGCUUGUCCUUGAUUGCACUUUUUGUCUGAUCAAAGGAAACACACGCGAGGGAGGGCGCGCGCACACGAGAGCCGUCGUCGCGGGCGCGUGGAUCUCCGCGCACCUCUCUCUUUCCCGGUGGUGACGGUGCCUUUCAAUUUAGGAACAUUUUCCCUCCCGCAAAAGGAAAAAAAAAAAAAAGAGAGCGAGAAAGAGGAGUAAAGAAAACGAUGACCAAAUAGCGUCUUUCUAUUUUUCUCUGUGUGUAUUUGUAUAUACAUAUAUAUUUAUAUAUAUAUAUUAUAUUUUUCAUCUUUUUGUUGUUGUUGGAGCUCCUUGCUGACCCUCUGAAGUUAAAUGCUCCCUCGUCUUGGGGUUUUUCCCCCCAUAUCUGGAUAGUCCUUGCUAUCAGGGAAAAAGCUUCAGACGCCAUCUACAGUUAAAACGUAGGGGAAAAAAUUGAUUGGGGGAAAAAGAGAAGGGGGGGCAGUCGUCUGGCUGGUUGCUGCACGUUACCUGAACUUAACACUUUUCCAGCCGUGCGAGGAUUUUACAGGAGCGCAGAGGAAGCCAAAUACUAAUAACGAUUCUCACCUCUCUCCGUUCUCGACUUGUUCAUUCCAUUGUUAUUUCUUUAAAAAAACAACAACACCACAGUUGCAUUUCCUGAGAGGCCACGUUUUUGCAAAGACUCACGCUUUGGCUUUGUUUGUGUCACUUUGUUCUCUUGCGCAAAAGCUCCCCGACGUGCCGGGCUUCUCCGGGAGAGGGGAACCCUUCGGCUUGGCCACCGGCUCUCCAGUCUCCGCGCCCCCUACCUCCGGUUUCCUCUCUCGGCGACCUAAACUGGACAGUAACCCCACGGAAACCUGCCUUCCGAAAUCCCCCCUCUUUUCUUCCGACGACAGCACAAAGGCAUCCUUGCGGCCGGCCUGAUCUUCACAAUAAACCCCCCUCUCCAAAACGGUUGUGUGUGCGUGCGCGCGCGCUGCUGCUGCUCGCUCCCGCCUGCAUCUGUGCGUGUUGUGUGAUUUUUUUGGGGGGGACCUUUUUUUGGAGGGCUUGCUCUCUCCAUCCCCAUGAACAUACAAAGGUCAACCCCAAUCACAAUCGCACGCUAUGGAAGACCUCGGAAUAAAACCCAGGAUUUUGAAGAGCUCUCUUCUGUAAGGCCCACCGAGUCCAGCCAGAGUUUCAGCCCCAACCUUGGCUCACCCAGCCCGCCAGAGACUCCCAACUUGCCGCAUUGCGUUUCUUGCAUCGGGAAAUACUUACUGCUGGAGCCUCUGGAAGGCGAUCACAUUUUUCGAGCCGUGCAUCUGCACAGCGAGGAGGAGCUGGUUUGCAAGGUGUUUGCUAUCGGCUGCUACCAAGAGUUGCUUGCGCCCUGCUUCUGCCUGCCCCCUCACGACAACAUCAACCAAAUCACUGAAAUCAUUCUCGGGGAGACGAAAGCCUAUGUGUUCUUUGAGAGGAGCUAUGGGGACAUGCAUUCCUUUGUUCGUACCUGCAAGAAGCUGAAGGAGGAGGAAGCAGCCAAGCUGUUCUAUCAGAUAGCGUCUGCUGUGGCGCACUGUCACGACGGCGGGCUGGUGCUGCGAGAUCUCAAGCUGCGGAAAUUCAUCUUCAAGGAUGAAGAAAGGACUCGAGUAAAAUUGGAGAGCCUCGAAGACGCUUACAUUUUGCGAGGGAACGAUGACUCCCUUUCUGAUAAGCAUGGAUGCCCCGCCUACGUGAGCCCAGAGAUCUUGAACACAAACGGCAGCUACUCUGGCAAGGCGGCCGACGUGUGGAGUCUAGGAGUCAUGCUGUACACCAUGCUCGUUGGACGCUAUCCUUUCCAUGACAUUGAGCCUAGCUCUCUCUUCAGCAAGAUCCGCCGCGGGCAGUUCAGCAUUCCAGAGACUCUAUCCCCCAAGGCGAAAUGCCUUAUACGUAGCAUUCUGCGCCGGGAGCCCUCAGAAAGGCUGACUUCGCAGGAAAUUCUGGACCACCCUUGGUUUUCUACAGAUUUUAAUGUGUCUAAUUCAGGAUAUGGUGCUAAGGAAGCAACGGAUCAGCUGGUGCCUGACGUCAACAUGGAAGAGGACUCGGACCCGUUCUUCAACUGAGCGUCGGGGACUAGUGUUUUGGGUGCUGCGUGGCCAGGAAGGGACAACAUGAAGGGAGUCCUUUCUGGCCGUGCAGAAUUAUAUCUGUGUCUCAGCCUGGCUUGAUAGCAAGAGAGAGAGAGAGAGAGAGACAACCUGGAGUUCUUUUUUUUUCCUGGUUGGAGAAGGAACGCCCAGUAAAUGAGCUAACACCACAGAUGUAGCAUGUGGACGGUUUAGAUGGGAGGAAUCGUUGCUAUUCAGUUAGAUUGACAUAGAAAAUAACGGAGGCGGCAGCACACAGAGAGACUGUAGCUUCUCAUCUUUAUGGAGCCAAGGACACUACGCAUCCCAAGUUCCAGUGCAGCCACUAAUCCACUCCUGAUUCCGUUUCGUUUCAUGUAUUUACAGUUCCCAGUAAAUAGAAACUUUUGCCUCAACUUGCAUCUUGGCAUCGCACUGUUAGAUAUUUAACUUCAGCCAUUAUUCAGGGAAGGUACAACUAGCUAUUAUUUUAUUCUUUGUUUUCCUGGAUUAUUUCCCCCCCCCCAAAAAAAAAUCUGAUGUUUAAUAGUUACAAGUGGGAUUCAUUUUCGUCGGGCGGGGCGGGGGGUAGCGCACAAAAAGGAACACACGAGAAGUGGGUGCUAAACCAUGCCUUUUGAUAGGUUCUAAAGUUCACGUUUCUCCUAGAUUCCUUAUUUUAUUUUGGGCCAGGAGGAAUUAACAUUUAAAAUGUUCUUUUCCGCAUCCCUUGAAGGGAUGAAAACUCACAAGCUCUUCAGGGUUAGUUUGAUUAUUGUUAUUAUUAUUGGUCAAAUGGCUUUGUGGCAGGAAGCAGUUACAAUUCAGACAUUCAGAUGUAUUUGACUUUUUUAUUAGCAAAACCGACAACAACGAAAAAGAAUAAUUGUCCAUAUUUGGGGUUAUGUGUUUUUCUUCUUAACCGGGAUUGGAAACACUGGCUUCCACUAUACUGCACAUAAAUUUUGACCACAAUAUUUGGGGAAGGCCACCUUUGCAUCACCUAAAGAAGAAAAAGGGGGAAAGCCCUAACCCUGUAAACAAAUUUUCCUCUGACACCCCUGAACAUGAUCAGAAGAGCUCUUUAUAUUUGAAGGGAAAAAGGCACCCCUACACUUACUUUGUGGAAAGGCAAUGACUUGGGUUUUCUUGUUUCCGUUUUCUAAACAGGAUACUGUUUAUAAUUUUCUUCUCAUUGAUCUAUUAAUAAGCUGAAUAUUACCACGACACAGAUCUGUCUUCUAAAAAGUACACGGUAAUAUGCACCUUUUUGUAUUGUCAAGACUUAUUUAUUGAUUAAACUGUCACAGUGGUGAUGAAUUAAGCCAGUACUUAAUUACGGGUUGACUUGGGGGUGACAUGUUACAUGCUGUAGUUAACACACUUCUGUUUUGCUCUUCAGGUAUUCCUGUCCCUAAAUGAUAAUACUCUAUUUUUUACUAUUAUUUUAGCCCGCCCACCCAACGCCACCACCUUCCUUAGAGAGCUUUCAUUUUGAUUUAGACUGGCAAAUGAUUUUUAUUACUGCUUUUUAUAUUGCUGUAUGAUAUUGAGGGGGGUGUUGGGGUGGGUGGGGACACAAGAAAACAAACAAAACAGAGAUCUCUUGGCAUAAAUAUUUGUGUUUCCAGUACCUCAGUUGUUCUGAUGUUACUGCCUGUAUGCGUUUUUUGUGAAGUGGUCAUGUUUUUUGGAUAGGUACACGUGGACUCUGUAGUAUGUAAAUGUUACUUGAAUUUCGUGCUUAAUUAUAGUUAUGUGGCAUGUGCGUACUUGGCAUUUGACGUAUGGAUGCUAUACACCUGCUCUCGCAGGGAAGGUUUCGAUCCCACUCUCAAGUUGAUAGUUCCACAGUUCCUUAUCAAGAGACAAAGCUGCAGCUGACCUGCCUUGGUUCUAUUUUGGUAUCUUAAGAAUAUAAAGGAGUAAUGUUUUUACACUCUGAAGAUGGUGCUGUGUUGAGGGAUUUCUUCUUUUUUAAAAACAAACAAAACAACAAUGUUUAUUAUUUUAUAAACUUGUAGGAGGAAAGAUUGGUGAUGUGCAUGGUGGGAUUUUACUGCCUCUGGUGCUUUGUCUUGUAUUUGGUUUAAUGUUUUUUGUCCUAAUCUCUUCAAUAAACAAAAUUGUGCAUAUUUAACUAAA